AUGCCCAAACCCAAAUCCAAAACGUCAGCAACGCCCCAAGCACCCCCUCCAGCCGCAGCUCCAUCAUGGCCCGCCUUCAAACCCCCUCUUCCCGUCGUCGAGCUCUACCCCGAAGUCCAUCCCGCAACUGACAACAUUGUCCUCUUGUCCUCCUUCUUUCCCCGCUCCCUCUGCCGCGACUACGUCGCAUUCCUCAAGACCCUUCCACUGCAAACGACCCCCUCAAAGCCCAAGAAGGGAGAGGCGGUCCGCGUCAAUGACAGGUUCCAGAUCGACGAUCCGUUGUUCGCACGGAGACUGUGGGAGACGACUGGACUGAAAGAGGUCAUUCUAGAGAAUGACACCAUCAAAGAUCUAUGGCGACCCGUAGGCCUCAACCCAAACAUCCGCAUAUACCGAUACUCCAAGGGCCAAUAUUUUGACUGCCAUUAUGAUGACUCCAACUAUCUGACCCUCGACUCUGAACCCGUCCGCACCACAUGGACGCUUCUUCUGUACCUCACUUCCUCUGCCGAUGGCUGUGUUGGCGGCGAAACCGUCUUCUAUCCUCACGAUCGCAAGUCUGCUGCUGAGGAAAUUGUCAUAUCGCUCGAGACGGGCAUGCUGCUGUUGCACAAGCACGGCCAUGAUUGUCUGCUUGUAAGUCGGCCUGAAAGUCAACGCGAGAGUGAUCUCGUCUGA